AUGUCCGAAUCAAAUAUUCUGGCUCUCUUCACAAAUCAACCUAGUGCUUUCACCACUAAUGCUGAUAGGUUUAAGGAGAUAGUGGAGGAAAUAAAGAAAAUGGGUUUUAACGCUCAAAGAAUGAAUUUUGCUUUAGCAGUUAACGCACCGAGGGGAAUGUGUAAAUCCACUUGGGAAAAGAAGGUGGAGGUUUAUAAGAAGUGGAGUUUGUCUGAGGAUCAGAUUUUGGUGGCUUGUGGGAAGCAUACACGGUUUAUGGUGGCAUUAGAGGAUAAGAUUAUGGGGAUAAUGGAUUUUUUUGUCAACAAAAUGGGUUGGGAGUCUUCAAUUGUUGUGAGGAGGCCAAUGCUUGUUUGCCUGAGCUUGGAGAGGAGGAUCAUUCCAAGGUGUUUGGUUUAUCAAAUUCUGUUGUCAAAAGGUUUGAUUAAGAAGGGUUUUGGCUUGAAGCAGUUGUUGGAGUCUCCUGAAAGUUAUUUCCUAAACAAGUUUGUGGAAAAAUACGAGGAAGAAGCUCCUGAGCUUUUGAAGUUAUAUCAAGAGAAGUUGAAUCUUUCAAAGUAA